AUGGCCCUCCCUCUUUCGAACACUGGGCGUGAAUCUGCCUCUCCCCUGUGCUCCUCCCUUUCUCCCGCCUCUCCUCCCCAUAGCGACCAAUUAGGUCUCCACUCGCACAGCGGGAGUACGGCCCUCACCUUGCCCUCGGAACAAGACCACAACUUCAAGAGGCCCACCAGCUUUCAUUCCCUCCAUGGCAUCCAGGAAGCCGCAGAAAGUGUGGGGCUUGCACCGCCCCCUACCUCCCCCCUCCCCGCUCAGAUCGUCUCGCAACCGGGCUCCUACUACACUGCAUCCGCCAGUGGCGGUAGCGGUAGCGGUAGCACAGGAUACGACCCAAGCAUCUACUCCGAAGCAGUGCAGUACAACAACGCUGGCGAGUACCACACUAGCAGGCCCAAUUUUAAAGACGACCAAUUCAAUUACGAGUCAAUUGAUUACGAGUCAAAUGGCAACAACUACGAAAGUGCCGUUGGCAGUAAUGUCGAUCCACUGUACGCCGACGACGAGCCGUACGUGGCAGAGUUGAGCCGCGUACAGAGUACACGUUCCCGUGCGUCGCAGGAUAUCGGACUCGGAAUUAGCCUUGGCCGUCCGCCGUCUGCCCUUUCGGGCCGCAGCAGCUCCCCGCUCCGCUUCCCAUCCAACCCCGACCGCCCUGGUUCACCAAUGCGUUUGCCACGGUCGACGGCGCCAGCCUACAACCUGCAGCGCAUCCCAUCCCCAGAUAUUCGGCAGCGCUUUCCUCCUUCUCCGACACCAGGCGGCCCACAGCGGCGGCCACAUUCUCCCGGUGGUCCUCCGCGCCUUCCGUCGCCAGGAUCACAAGGGGUGUACCAGUAUUCGCAACCAGAGGGGCCGUCCUCCUCACGCCCAACAUCAGGACCGAGUCUCUGUCUACCACCAUCGCUCUCUCCUGCCCUCCCACAUUCGCCUCGCGCUCCGUCGCCUCUCGCUGCGUCCUGGGGAGCUCCCAAAUCCGAGCCGGAACUCGAUCCUCAGCCAGUACCACGCGCCCUCCCUCAAACCCCAGAGACGCCGCAGUCGAUGCGUCUGACUCGUGUGCCGGUGUCCAAUGUCGCGAACUCCGGCGCAACACGCCGCAUGGUUGAGGCGUGGGAGAGCCAUGCUCCGGCAUCGGUCACGCCGACGAGGCAAGUUCGUCCCUUGCCAAUGCCCCAGAGUGCUCCUGGGCCCUUGUAUCCCGAGCCCCGUGACUACUCGCCAUCGCACCGGCGGAUCAGCCAGAAGUAUCUCGCUGAGAAAGAGAGCAAGCCCCUUCCAAUUCCGACCGCAACCCAGAUCCCAGCGAGUGCCACCAAGCCGUGGCCGCAACUGGCAACCGCUCGGUCUGGACCCUCUGCCGGUACGAACGGCAACCCCCGUAGUCAGAGAGUAACUCCGAACGGCAGUCCCAUCAAGGAACGCAGUCCGAGCAAGGGCCUCUCUCCCACCUGGCUCUUCGCCAUGCAGGAACACCAGAGCGAGGUUGACAGCCCAAAAAGCCCGGGUAGAGAGAGAAUCUCCCUCCGUCACCCACUUAAGGACAUCAAGAAUGCGUUCUCGAGCUUCCGCCGGAUUGGGCACAAGGAGAAGGACGAGCCUACGGGAUGGGGAACGGCGAGUGUCGGUGUCGGGAUGCACGGCGACCGCCCACACAAGCGCCUGGACGACGAGUGGUUCCGCCGCCCUCUUGAUCCACCAGUGCUCGACAGGAUGGGUGACGACGAGAUGGCGGAGGAUGAGAUGCACACCGGUGGUGUUCUCUGGCUCCCGACGUUGCCGGACCGCACCCGCCAUGGCGAUUGGAUGACAGCGUGGGCCAGCCUCUCAAGGACCCACCUCAAGCUGGCCUCCGCGCCCGUCCUCGUGGGGGAUCCUUACGGCGCGACUCGCCCAAAUACUGCGAGGAGCGAUGAGGAACUUCCCAUGCGUUCGUGCACCGAUGUGCGCCCCCUCCUGGUCGCCGAAGUCGCGCGCCUUGGUCUUCCUCCUCUCCCCGAACAAGGCGACAUCAUCAUGCUCGAGUUCAUACAUGGCGCAAGGCGUUACUUAGCAGUGGACUUCCCCUCAUCCUCGGGAUGGAUAACGGCUAUCAACAAUGUGCUCCAUGGCUUUGGUACUCUUUCACCAUCCCUGAAGAGCUACCAUGACGGCUCCCUGCGUAUGGGCCAGCUCGACGAGGUCGCAAAGUUUGGCGACACGUGGGUUGGGAGCACGUCCGAACCGAGUAGUUGGAACACCGCGCCGGACAACAACCCGCGCAUGCAACCACUUCAGCCUUCGCCGAUACGUAACCAGGACACAGGUUUGAGUGCGGCUGCGCUCGAGAGUAUGGCCGAGGAGGUCGACGUGCCGCCCACGCCGCCUCCAAAGUCGCGCCCGCGCUCUAUGCUCAUCACGGACCGCAUGGCGGCGUUCUCACCAGAGAUCAAGCCGACUCUACCCCUCAAACUCCAGAAGAGGAAGGAGAGUGGUACGACCCAGCGCACCCAGAACAGCGGGGCGACACAGACCCAGCAUACCGGGACCACUGGGGCAACUGUGGGCCUGGGGUCGCCGGUGACUGGCCCCCCCUACGAUCACUCACAGCCUCUUCCCAAGGAUCGUGAUGCGCCUGGCAGACUUCGCCCCGAGUCCGGAACACCCUUGCGCGUGGCUUCGGUUCAGCUGAUCGACCCACUCGGCACCAGCAUGGCGGACCGCAUCCGGAUCUGGCAACCGGCUCAUGACACUCCGCCUCCAGAAAUGGACGUAUCGAGGUCAGGUAGCCUGAAGUUGACCGGGGUGGACGACUACGAUCCAAGCGACCUGAACCCGUCACGCAGCGCCAGCCAGAUUCGCCCCGCCCGCAGUGCCAUGGGUAUCGACCUCGCGGCGCUGGAUGCGAGAUUGGCGCUGCCGCAAGCCCUCCAGGAAGUCCGGUUUGGGCCGCGGUCCCCGGCUAGAAAAGCGGUGCCGAAAUACAUCGACGGGGAGGCCAGGAAGGAGGCAGAAUCGCUCAAUAUUGCCGACUCAGUGACGCCUCCCGGCCCCGACGCCGUUCCCGAUGUUGUCAAGCCGGUCGAUCUGCCUAUCGAGCCCCCUGUACCCGUGCCUGUCGUCCAGCAGGAACUGCCCUCCGUGUCCCAACCGCGCGAGCUCCCUGCCGUCCUCAAGGCUACGGAUGAGCUCCCCACGUCACCUAGGCCCAAACGGCUGAAUACGCGAAUCGCGGCCGCGAUGGAGAAGUUCGAGGCCACUCCGAAGCCCAAUGCGACUCCCAAGACGCCAGUUGUUGCGAAGUCGCCCCUCUCGACAACAAAGUCUACCUCUGUUUUUUCUCCGCUGUCGACGUCCAAGUCGCCCAAGCCGCCGUCCAUCGCUACUCCAAUUCACGCGCCCGUAGCUCGCCCAACCACGUCGGCCGCACUGCUUGAGUCCGCCGCGUGCUCGGAUAUCUCGAAAGACAAGAGCUCUGUGAGUGCGAAGAGCGAGGACGACCUCGCCCCACCCAACCUGGCCGCCACGCUCGCGCCCCCGAAGCGGCCAGCCAGCGCCGCCUCCGUUGGGCCUGCGACGUCUGUCCGCGAUAGAAUUGAAGCGCUCAGUCGGGCCGCGGCCUCACCUGUCGCCGCUACACCCAUGUUUCUGCCGGUCGCCGCGACAAAAGAUAAGGUGCGGCCCGCAUUGCAAGACAAGCCCCUUCCCCAUAAGGAUGACAAGCCCCUCUCGCCCACCCAUUCGCUUCCUGUAGCUGGCUGUGCACUCUCGCAACCUCUGAGCAAUCCCCAGUCUCCCAGCUCCCCCAAGCUCCCACACGGCGUUGCGCUCUCUUCGGCAUCCCCAGCUGCUACUCGCUUAGGAGAUCGGAGCGCCCGGCUCCGCGAUUUGACGUUACCUUCAAAGUCCGCACCUCAGUCUCGCCGUCGGAAGGACCCUACCGCGUCAUUGUAUGCCUCGUCAACGAUCACGUGGCGGCGCACGCUCACCGUCACCAACCCCGAUCCUGACUGCCCUUCUGAGCAGCCCAACACCCAGCUGCUUGAAGCACAGGAGUCUAGGCGUGAUCACGCCGUCUCCUGCCUCUCGACCGCGACUGAACCGAGGGAGUCGAUCGCGGGCUUGCUGGCUACCUACGCCGAGGCUGAACCCCAACCCAACGAUAAGGAUAUUGGUCAAGACGAGACGUCUCUUGACGCUACGACCGACGCGUCGAAGGCCGACGAUGAAACCAAGCGGCACGGAGAGCACACGGCUGAGGUCGAGGCGUGCGAGGCAGCACAGGCCGCCGAGAAAGCCGAGAAGGAUGCGGCCAGGGGAGCCGACCUCGACCCCAACCUCGGUGGUCCCGAUCCAGUCCUCACCACCCUGAACGCCAACCACGCCGCUGCGGCUGACCAGAUGCGCAUCUUAAACACGCUCAUGAACGAGAGCGCCGGGCAACAGGCGUCGAGCGCUGCGGACGUGCAGCAGCGCCUCAUCGCUCUUGAUGAGGGCGUGCGGUCUGUGCAUGCUUCGAUCCCGCCCGACUUUCAAGAGCAGAUUGCGCGGAUCCAGGCGCAGCUUGGCGAGUUGAUUACGGGCGUUGCAGCCACCACGAUGACGCUUAAUGCCGUCCACGCGAGCCAGUCGGGAGGGGACCCGGCGAAGGAGGUUGAGAAGGACGAGGUUGGCGCCGACAGGGGGCGACCGCCCCAGCCUGAAGAAGUCACCGACGAUGGCAAGGCCGAGGAGUCCAUCACCAACGACGUUGCAACUGUGGGUACGGCAGACGAGACUUCCGAACCCGAAUCGAAGACCUUCGACCAGGCUGCCGAGACGACUGAGGCCGAUAAGGCCGUGGAAUCUGGCCCCAGCGAGCCGACUGACAACGCCAUUAUGGCUCAGCUCGAGAACAUCAAGGACAACAUCGACUUCUUGUCUGAACAGGUCAAUCACUUGACGGCUUCGCAGCAGGCACUCGCAGUAGGCGCGGGAACCGCGGGCGCCCAAGCCGUCUUGGCCAAGAUGGAGCAAACGGACGAGGCUAAGGCGUUUGGGGAGUCGAGGCUGGUUUACGAGGCCGAAGAGAAGGCCAAGGCUGCGGAGAAGCUGGCAGCCGAAGCCACCGCAAGGGCUGAGGCUGCAGAGAAGGCCAAGGCCGAGGCCGAGGGGGCGGCGAAGGAGAAGGCUGCUGUUGUCACGGAGAGCAAGGACGCCUCCAAGGACGCUCCCAAGGACGAGUCGAAGGACCCCCCCAAGGACGCGCCAGAGAAUGCGCCCAACGACGAGUCGAAGGACACUCCCGCGACCGACGACAAGGAUUCCUCGAAAGACGCCCCGAAGGACACACCGGCAGAGCCUGAGGCCAAGGAGGACGCACCGAAGGAGCCCGCACCGCCACCGCCCCCUGCCGUGACAGCCGAGCAGUUCGCUGAGCUCAUGGCAGUGGUCUCCAAGAUGGCUGUGGACCAGACCGCGGCCCAGGAGACGGCGCUGAAGGACCGGGCCCAGAUGAACGAAUACCUGGGCAAGAUGAACGAAUAUGUCGCCGCCGUCGUCGCGAAGCAGGGCGCCGUCUUCGACCAUCUGGAAUCGCGCUAUGACGAGUUGUUGGCACGCGACGCCAAGCUCCUGGAGUCCAACGAGGCGAUGUUCAAGAAGUACCUCAUCGACUCGAUGGACGCUCUACAAGCCUUGGGCUUGGAUCUCCACCAGUCGAUAAGCGGCGAGAGACUCAACUUCAUCGAGGCGAUGGAGAAGGCAACGAACAUCAGGCUUGAGAACCACACCCGCGAAUUCGUCGACACUCUCAAGGGCGACGUGUCCAAAGCCCAAAUGGUCCUGGCUGAUCUGAAGAACGAAAGCGUUCAAGUUCAGGAAGACACCAGAGAAAUCAUCGAGUUCUUCUUGAAGCGCAUGAAGAAGAACAACGUCUCCAAGGAAAUGUACCCCCAACAGGUGCAGGAUGCGAUGGACCGCUUCACGGCGGUGCUUAACCAAACCGAGGUCAUCACCUCUCCUUCACCUUCCUCACGCCCGCUCCCCAUGCCACCUUCUCCUAUCCCACCUAUGCCUAUACCACACCAGUAA